AUGAAGGUAAUCACUCUUAGAUCCAGCGCUAGGGUUAAGGAACCUACCCAACCAAAUUAUGGGAAGAAAGAAGUAGGGGUAUCUGAGAAAGAAAAAAUUGAGAGUGAACCCACACAAGUCGAAAUAGAGGAUAGACGCUUUCCACCACCAGCACUUAGUCCAAAGCCUAUGCCCUUUUCGAGUCGUUUAGAGGAGAAGAAGAAGAUAGAUGGUGUGGAGUUUGUGGACUUCUUCAAGAUAUUUACAGCCUUGAAUGUGAAUCUCCCCUUUUUAGAACUUCUUAAGAAGAUGCGCAAAUAUGCUAAGUUCCUUAGGGAAGUAAUGUUUCAUCGGAGGAGAAUACGGAGAAGAGAGCAAAUUACAUUUAACGAAGAAUGUAGCGCGGUAGUGUCUAGGAGAGUUCCUCCCAAACUAAAGGAUCCUAAUAGCUUUACCAUCCCCAUUGAGAUAGGAGGAGUAAGUUUCGGGAAGGCCCUGUGUGACCUAGGAGCCAGUAUCAACCUCAUGCCAUUGUCAAUUUAA